AUGGCCCGAAGAACUCAAAGGACCAACCCACCCGAGGACGUGACCGAUCAUCGUUUCUUACAAUUUCCGCAAACUCUGAACGAUGCAACCCAAGCACGAUAUGUCACCAACUUGAGCUUGCUUCUCACCAAGGAGAUCGAUAUAGCACCAUCAUUCGAUUGGGAAUUGGCUACCCGGACUGGACUAGCUGCAUUGAUCCAGGAAUUUUUGCAAUACACGCAGUCGGAUGCGAGUGGUGUGGACUUGUUCAUGUUUUCCUAUGAUCCUAGGAAGGCACCCAAUGAAAGGACAACCUUUGCCUUCAGACUGGGGGGAGUGAGCCGGGAAUGCAGCGUGAUAGAGCUUGCGACUCGAGUGGGUAUUUACACAGCCGAUGAGACGAGGAGUGUCCACUUCCCGACAUUCCUUGCUGAUUGUCUCACGGACCGGUCAGAAGACUAUAACGAGAACACUUUUUGGGCCGAGAUUACGGGAGGAGUUUAUACACCAUCUACCGCACGAGGGAGGAUGAUUCGGUCUACUACAUACCGAAUGCUGCACCGGUUGAUUUCUAUGUCUCUCACGCAUCACAAGAACAGAAGAAGUAUCAUCCCGGCUGCCACGACAUGGUUGACACUUUCCUAUGUUGUGGAGGAUUUUUCAUCGCGAGAAGAGGAUGUCAUUCUUGACGAGAUGACGCGGUCAACAUUUUCCCACAUCAUGGUUAUUAUACAUUGCAUUUGUUUGCAAUCUCUUGCACCACAUUUUUGA